CGAUAUAUUUUUUGACAUAUUUUCAAAAGCAUGUUGCUACGAAACUUGUCAGUGUUGCUCAAUCUAUGUUAAACAUACGUGUUCGCUGCUUGUAUACAGUGUACACACUCUUUUCUUUUGUGAAUUAGCAUUUGGUUGCACGUUUCUCUUGCAACACCGUCAAAAUGCAAAUCUUCGUGAAAACCUUGACUGGCAAGACCAUCACCUUGGAGGUGGAGCCCUCUGACACCAUCGAGAAUGUCAAGGCUAAGAUCCAGGACAAGGAGGGAAUUCCCCCAGAUCAACAGCGUCUGAUCUUCGCUGGCAAGCAGCUGGAGGAUGGCCGCACUCUGUCCGACUACAACAUCCAGAAGGAGUCGACCUUGCACUUGGUGCUGCGUCUGCGUGGUGGUAUCAUUGAACCAUCUCUGCGUAUCCUAGCCCAGAAGUACAACUGCGACAAGAUGAUUUGCCGCAAAUGCUACGCACGUCUGCAUCCACGUGCCACCAACUGCCGCAAGAAGAAGUGUGGACACACAAACAACCUGCGCCCCAAGAAGAAGUUGAAGUAGAUGAUUUGCAUUUCCAUUUGCAGUUUACUGUUCGAACGCCCGCCCAAAACAUCAUCUUUGGGCGCUUUUUAAGAUCAUCGUCUGUUCAAUUAAGUAAAUAUAAAUUUGUAAAUUUAUCAAGAUGAUUAAGAGCGAAAUGUAUUUACUUGCUGAAAGGCGCUUCGUA